AUGGCUCAAACACUUCCUGGCGAAUCGCCAGAGGACAUGAUCAUCAAAGGCAGCGACAGAGACAGGGGAGACAUCUCAGACUGCUUCAAUGACUACUGGCGCCAGGACACUUAUGCUCGAGUCUCCAAGGCUGAGCUAGUCAAGCGACUCGACGCAGUCGGCCACUACAUUCCGCGUUCUCACAGUUACCAGAGUUCCCUUGCAACGUACCUCCAGCGAUCCGAUCAAGGCUGUCCAUGCUACUUCACCUGCACAACCGAUGAGCUCCAGAAAUUCGUUACCGCUCGAGGUCUCGAGGUCGAGUCAUCUCGCAGAGCGCGAGCUACCAAGCUAAGGACGGCUCUUGAACAUGCAGAUGCGCAGCGUCCAUUCCACAAGUUCAUGGAUCUUGCCCCGGAGCUUCGGAACCGCGUAUACGCUUUCUACAUGUCAGAAUUCAACAACAAUGUCCUCCUCGCACCUACCCAGCCUCCCCUCACUCGAGCGUCUUCGCUGGUCCGCCAAGAGGCACUGCCUAUGUUCUACAAGACUUGUAAGUUCACGCUCGCACUGAAACACGUCAGCUGUUACGGAUUGAAAUGGGACGAGGAUUCCGAUCGCUUCAUCAAAAGCCUGCAGCCCAGCAGCCUGGCCAUGGUCCGCAACAUCCAGUUCCAGAUCUUCGGCCGCGACGCAAUCAUGCCCGACGAUCUGUACAAUGGGAUGUACAACUUCGCAAUCGACAUUCAACUUGGAAACGGCAGAAAACCUUGCACUGUGGACCUACUCGAACUUUUGAAGGCUGACAAGGAGCGAUGGGACGACUACAAAGACUUUGAGAAAGAGGUUGAGGCGCUCGAGAAUGAUGUCAAAGCUGUAUUUGAAGCCGUCAGCCGCCGUGUCAACAGUCAAACGGGCGAACGGGUCCUCAGCUUGACAAUCGAAGACCUUUGGACAGCACGCCGAAAGAUGGAGCCAAGCUUCGUCAAGUACGUGUAA